UGCUUUGAGAAAUCACUGUUAUGAUGAAUUGAACUAAAACAAUUAUAUUAAUUACCCAAAAUUUCUGUUUUCUGCUUACUGAUACACAAGAAUAUUUUUUUUUAAUGCCUUUCGACGUAAAUCAUAAGUUAUGGAUAUCUACUUCAAAAGAGAUUGGCCAGCUUUUGAAAAAGCAAAUGCGCCUUAAAACAAUCGAACCUCCUGAAGAGAAGGCUCUAUCAUUUAAGAUACUUUGCGAACUUUAUGUGCUGUAUGUGGAACUGGUAAACAAAUUAACGUUUAUUUAUUUCAACACAUUUCAAGUGCAAAAACGAGCUAUCGUUCGGACUCUAGUUGAAAAUGCAACACAACAGCUAAUGUUACUUAAAGAGGAAUUAAAGGAAAUUGAAUUAAGCGAAUAUGUGUACAUGGACAAAGUUUUGAUUUCAAGAAAACUGACUCCACGAGAUUUGAUGAUUUGGAGGUCUCCACAAUUUCUGUAUCGUCGUCCCUUAGAUAUUCAAAAUAUCAUAUCAAAGAAUAAGAUAUACAUGAAUGAUGAAGAAAAAGAAGCAAGUGCUGCAGAAGAUUGGGUUAAAGUUACAGAAGCUGUUGAGCUUAUUCAAGCACAUGAAAGAGCUCGUCGAGCACGAAUAUAUAAGGCGAACAUAAAAUAUGAUAAAAAGAAAUAUUUGGAAGUGAAACAAAGAAAGAAAAUUAAUUAUAUGUUUACCUUUAAGCCAAAUCAAGCCAUGAGUAUACCAGUAAAAAGAACCAUCUUUAACGCGGACUUUAUAAAGACUGAAGAAUCUUGCGCCGAUUUAAGGGAUAGGGAUGAUAAUAUGAACGAGCUAUAUGAUGAACAAGAACUGGAAAGAAUUAAUACUUUGCGAAAUAAUGCAGCACGUAUUAUUCAAUCUUGCUGGCGAGCAUACAAAACUAGAAAAAUAUUGAAAAUCAAAAAACAAUUUAAAAAGGAAUUACUAGGUAUUAAAAAAAUUCGAAAAUUGAAAAGGCCAAAUCAGUUUUCAAACUCGGUUCUUGAAAUGUAUAAAAAUGAAAAAUUAAAAAGCCAGCUUGACGAAGAUUUCGCAAAAUUAAUCAUGGAUGAGCGAACAAGGUUGCUUCAAGUGCGAACUCCUUGGAUGAUGGAAGACAUUUCCGAUCACAUUCGCGCCUGGUUCGAUGAAUUCUAUGGAAAAACUGGAAAUUUUCAUCCUUAUCCAGAUCCUGUUAAGAAAGGUACAGUUCUGGUUGUUAUCGAUGAGACUAUGACGCCAAUGGAGUUUCAAGAAAGUCUUAAUAAAAAACCUAUGAGCAAAGAGGAGAAGAAGAAACAGAAGGACAAGAUAAAAGCUGAGAAAAAAAAGAAAAAGGAUAAAUUGAGACAGCAAAAAAUGAAGGAAGCAAAAAGACGCAAAAAAUUAAAAGAUGCUGGAAUCAUCGAUAUUGGAUAUAUAGUAUCCUCAAGUAAACCAAUAGUUAAAAUUGAAGAGACAAUGAAACAAUUUUCGAUCGAUUGGAGAGAUGUUGACGAAUAUCUAAAUAGGAAUCACGAUCCUAUUAAAGAUUGGGUGACCGAAGAACAGUUGGAUGUAAUACAUCAAGAGUUACGACAAUUAGUUGAUGAAUACAUGCGGGUUGAAUAUGAAUUGUUGAGAGAAGCUUGGGCAAAGGAUAACAAAGUUCCCUAUAAACCACUAAAAGUUAAGAAACCUAAGAAAAAGAAGAACAAGAAGAAGAAAAAACCAUUUGAUCCGACAGAAGAUAGAACUUUGGAUUCCCUAUAUAAUGAACUUAAGGAUGAUGGUGUUAUUGAGCAAGUGUCGCACAAGGACUUUGAUGAAUUCAUUGCUGACUUCAAUUUCUUGGCUGAUGAUACACGAGAUGCGGAAGAUAACUUAACUACGGUUGGUCCAGCUAAGGGUGACAUCAAAAUGGUAAUUCAAGAAAGUAUGUUGGGAAUGAGUGAGUUUGAUAUCGCGAAGCCAAAGUCAAUUUUACUAAUUGGGCCACUAAAUAGUGGAAAAAAAUUGCUAUGCAAUAUAAUUGCGUCUGAAUUGGAUGCUGUUUUUAUAAAUCUUAGUCCGGAAAAAACGACUCAAUAUGCAGAUGAUAUGAACAUGUUUUUACAUAAAGUUAUGAAAGUUGCAAAAGCAUUUCAACCAGCCAUUUUAUACAUCGAAGAAGCUCAUCGGGUUUUCGCCAAGAAAACUCCACCUGAACAAGCUGCCAUGAAGCCGACAAUCCUUGCUUCAUAUAUUGCCAAAAAAAUAUUGAAGCCAAUUAAAAAAAGUGACAAGAUUGUUCUUCUUGGCACAAGUAAUACGCCCUGGGCUGCAAAGGGCACACUUAAAAAAAACUUUAAAAAGAUCAUACUUAUACCGAAGUGUGAUUAUGGCACCAGUUUCAUGCUUUGGCUCGAUUUGAUGACGGAAAAUGCGCCCGAUGACCUGGAAGCUUAUCAAUACUCUGCAUUAGCCAGAGUUUUGCAGGCAUAUAAUUCUGGGGACAUUACUAAUAAUAUAGCGCAGACUCUGAAUGUGGAAAGAAAGAUGCGACUUAGAUUCGAUGCUCUUGAACCGAAGGAAUUUUUGGAAUAUUUCCUCUCUGAAAAUAAUCCACCAAUGUUUCCGCCAGAGUUGAAGAUGAUGGAGAAGUUUACAAAAUGGUUUGGAAAAUCCAAUAAAUUUGAGAAAAUGAGAAGGAAGAUUAUGGCCAUUAAAGCAGCCAAAAACAAGAAGAAAAAAUAAAAGUAAAAAUAAUCCAAAUAUUUUAACUAAUGUAUUUCGGAUGUAAUGCUAAAAUUAAAUAGCAGUGGCUUGUUUUAAA